GAUGCCUUGCUUAAGUACGACAUUUUAAUUGUAUACUUCAUUCGCUUAACAGUGGACCUGACAGACGGUAGUCGCAAGUAGUUGACAUCUCUGUUAUAUGUUAUAACAUUUUUUGUUUUGUUUUUAUUUUUAAUACACUAGUGAGUCAUAUAUAAAAAGUAAAUAUGAUAAAGACGGCAGCAAAAAUCAUCGCCAAACCACAAAAUGUUCAAACUUCAAUAAGCCGGAUUUGGACCCCGAUUGCUAGUAUCGUUACAAACAAACUAAAUUUCAACAGUAGAAGAGGAACCCACUCAACAAUUGACCCACACGAUUUAUUCCAAGCUAAUCCAAAAAUUGCACAAACAUUUUGGGAUCGUGAAGGGUUAUUUAAAAGUCUUCAUGCUUUCAAUCAUAUAAGAGUGCCGUAUUUUAGAGAUGCCAUAUUGGAUACAGUCUGCAGUGAUAAAUUUUCUACUUGUCUCAAAGGAAAAAAAAAUCCUCGACGUUGGUUGUGGAGGAGGCUUAGUAUCAGAGGGUCUAGCUAGUUACGGUGCCGAAGUUACUGGAGUAGACACAUGUAAGGUUUUGCUUGAUCUAGCCGAGGACCAUAGCUCCAAAACCACACGCUUGGCUAAUAACAAGCCUACUUAUAUUUUAUCUACGGUAGAGGAGCACAGCAAUAAAUACCCCGGCACCUACGAUGCUAUAAUCGCUUCUGAAGUUAUUGAGCAUGUUACUGAAAAGGAUCUGUUCGUGGAAUCCUGUGUACGCGCCACAAAACCGGGUGGAAAACUAUUUUUUACUACACCCAACAGAACGCGUUUUGCACAAUUUUAUAUUAUAUACACAUUUGAAAAUAUUUUACGAUGUUAUCCGAAGAAUGCCCAUCAAUAUGAAAAGUUUAUGAGACCAAACGAGCUACAAUAUAUGCUAGAAAUGAAUGACUGCUGUGUGAAUUCAAUAAAAGGUUACUUCUACUACCCGUGGAAUAACACGUGGGAAUGGACGAAUAGUAAAAUGUUUAGCUUUGCUAUCGAGGCUGUUAAAUCAAAGUGAAUAUGGAUCCUAUCGUCUUUAUUAUCUUCAUUACGCUAUCAACCGUCAGGAGCUGUAUUCUAUUACUGUGUUUUUAAUAAAUAAUUUUCAGUAUUGUCUAUAUAAUUUGGCACCCAUUUAGAUUUGAUAGAUAGAUUUGAUACCAUUUCUUUUGUCGGCGAAGUCGAUAACGACACACAUUUUUAAUAUUAAAAUUUACAGACAGAACAGACUAUAUCCUUAAUUAAAAUUGGUGGUAUUAAACCCCUCUGCCUUAGAGAGCACUUUAAGCCGUCGGUAAUAAAAUGGUAUAGUGGCCUAAGCCCACCAACCCGCAUUGGUUCAACGUGGUGGGUCUAACCUCCAUAUCUCCUCUCCUGUAAGCUGAGACCUGACCUUAGUCGGCCUUUAAAAUAAUUGUCGCACGGCUUUUCUGCAACUGCGACUGCAACCUUAAUUAUGAUUUACAUAAAUAAAACUGAAGAUUAUGUUCAAAAAUAUAUGAACGAAUUCCUUAUCGCGCGUUGCGAAAAGGGCUGGACGGGAAUAAUUAAGUCCAAAAAGUUGUAACGACACUUUUUACCCGACUGCGUAAGAAGAAGGGUAAUGUUUUUGGCCGUGACUUGGAAACGGCUGGUGUCCUCAAAAGGCCCCCCUACACCAAAAGGCCCCCUGACCCCAAAAAGCCCCCGAUCCCAAAAGACCUUUCCGACACCAAAAGGCCCCCCGACCCCAAAAGGCUGAUUAGAGCUUAGCCGGAUUUUCGGCAUUCUCCUGUGUAUUGCAACAACUUAAAGACGCGACUCCUCGCUCUAUAAGUACGAAAUUUUAAUUUUAUAUUUCAUUUGCAUAAAAACAGUGGACCAGUCAAGUAGUCGCAAAUAUUUAACAUCUCUGUUAUAUGUUAUAACAUUUUUUUUCUACACUAGUUAAAUAUGAUAAAGACGGCAGCGAAAAUCUUCGCCAAACCACAAAGUGUUCAAAAUUCAAUACACCGGGAUUGGACCCCGAUUGCUAGUAGCGUUACAAAAAAACUAAAUUUCAACAAUAGAAGAUGCUCACACUCAACAAUUGACCCACACGAUAUAUUCCAAGCUAAUCCAAAAAUUGCACAUUCAUAUUGGGAUCGUGAUGGGUUCUUUAAAAGUCUACAUGCUUUCAAUCAUAUUAGAGUGCCGUAUUUUAGAGAUGCGAUAUUGGAUACAGUUCGUAGUGAUAAAUUUUCUACUUGUCUCAAGGGAAAGAAAAUACUUGACGUUGGUUGUGGAGGGGGCUUAGUAUCAGAGGGAUUGGCUAUGUUCGGUGCCGAAGUUACUGGAGUAGACACGUGCAAAGCGUUGCUUAGUCUGGCCGAUGACCAUAGCUCCAAAACCACACGCUUGGCUGACAACAAGCCUACUUAUAUUUUAUCUACGGUAGAGGAGCACAGCAGUAAAUACCCCGAAACCUACGAUGCCAUCAUCGCUUCGGAGGUUAUUGAGCAUGUUACUGAAAAGGAUCUGUUCGUGGAAUCAUGUGUACGCGCCACAAAACCGGGCGGAAAACUAUUCUUUACAACGCCCAACAAGACGCGUUUUGCACAAUUUUAUAUUAUAUACACAUUUGAAAAUAUUUUACGGUGUUAUCCGAAAAAUGCCCAUCAAUUUGAAAAGUUUAUGAGACCAAUCGAGCUACAAUAUAUGCUAGAAAUGAAUGACUGCUGUGUGGAAUCAAUAAAAGGUUACUUCUAUUACCCGUGGAAUAACACAUGGGAAUGGACGGAUAGUAAAAUGUUUAGCUUUGCUAUCGAGGCUGUUAAAUCAAAGUGAAUAUGGAAAAAACUAUGGUCUUUAUUAUCUUCAUUACGCUAUCAAUCGUCCGGAGCUUUAUUCUAUAACUGAGUGUUAAAUAAAUAAUUUUCAGUAUUGUCUUUAUAAUUUGGCACCCAUUUAGAUACCAUUUCUUUUUUCGGCGAAGUCGAUAAUGACACACAUUAAAUUUUAAUCCUUCCAGACAGAGCAGACAGUUGUCAGUUUCCUUAAAUUAAGAAAAUUGGUGGUACACACCCCUGUGCAUUGGAGAGCAUUUCAGUAAUAAAAUUUGAUAGUGGCCGUUCAUUAAAAUCACCCUAAGCCCGCCAACCCGUAUCGGAGCAAUGUGGUGGGUCUAAGCUCCAUAUCUCUUCUCAUAUAAGGAGGAGGUCUUAGUUGGCCGUUAAAAUAGCCUGAUAAUAAUAAUUGUGAUAUAUUAUUAAGAUUACACAACAGUUUCAGAGCAGCCAUGAACAAUAAAUAGCAUGUUCGACAUAAUUAUUCAUGCAGGGGAAAAUAAAUCGAUUUAGAAGAUUCAUGUACCUUGAUUUCCCAAGUGAUCGUAGCGCAACAGCCUUUGUACAGUGCCUACUGAGCGAAAACGAGCGAAUUUUAGAUGAAAAUUCAAAGCUCUAUAAUGAUAAUCAUUGACCAGGUGGCCUAUUUCCUAUUAUGGUUUUCAUUAACAAUCCAUCAAAAUAAAAAACAAAUCAAUUGACAAAAUGUCAUCCACAUACUAUGAUACAAAUUCCAAAUGUCAUCCGGUACUUACGAUGUAUAUCAUUUAUUAUGUAGAUGACACUUUGUUGUCCACUUUAAUCAGUUGAUAAUAAAUACCAAAAUAGUGAAUUAGGCCACUGGUCAAUGAUUAAUAUCCACUUUAAAUGUCUACAAUAGAACUUUAUUUUAUACGAGUAGCUAAUGUCAUUAUAAAUUGUAUAUUAUACAGCUGCUUACAACUUCCUUAA